CCGUGGUCGGGGGUUGGGAUGCGGAGGGCGCAUAGCUUUCAUCUGCUGGAGGGAUGCGGGGAUGGGAAGCCCGGGGUCCGCGACCCGGGCCUGGCUGUCUUAGAGGACAGCCCGCGUCCGAGCCCCGCGAGGUUGUCAGGUCGGGUUGGGUCCCGUCGGAUUGGGUUUCCCCGGGGCCGGGGCGUUGCUGAGCUGUCCAGCCAGCUCGGGGUGACAUCACCGACACCCCCCCUCCGCCCCUGCGCAGACCCCCCUCCUCUGCCUUUCCCCGCCGCGCCUUUUGUCCCGGCCAGGCUUGGCUGUGCCCCGCCUAUCUGCGGGGGAGGAGACUCCCCGUCAGUGACUUCAUUGAGUAGGUUCUUCGGGAUUGGGCCUGGGUCCUCCCCACACAGAGGCGAGUAGAGCUCCCUGCCUCUCGGGCCCUCGCUGGCACACCUGCCACAGGUACACACGCUGCCACUCGCUCACAAGCACGCACACACUGCCGCGCUGCCAUUCAGCCACUCGCAGCCAGCCAGACGCUGCUGUGCCCGAGAGCAGCUGGCCGCUGGACCCUCUCCCUUCCCUCUCCGCACCCGGGGAUCAGGCGCCGGACAGGCCUUGCUGGUGGGCAAGGACCUCUGAGAAUCUGAGGAGGUGGCUUCCAGAGCUUCAGCGUCCCAAGCAGGCUCCGGUGGAGCGAUCAGAGGUGAGGGGCUUGGCUGGGCAUGUUUAAGCGCACAGUGCUCUCCUGCCCACCCCCAGCAGAACCCCCACUACAGGCUCGAGGAGCUUUCCGGAGCUUCCCACACUUCUGGGGAGAAGACUUCUUAGCCAGCUUGAUGUUUAAAAUUCAGCUGGAGCCCUUAAAACUUCGAGCGUGGACGCUGAAUGGGUUUGUAAAGUUUCGAAACAAGGAGCCCAGCACCGGUCCAGUGGCUGUAAUGGGAAAAGAUUAUUACAAGAUUCUUGGAAUCCCGUCAGGGGCCAAUGAGGAUGAGAUCAAGAAAGCCUAUCGGAAGAUGGCUCUGAAGUACCACCCAGACAAGAACAAAGAACCCAAUGCAGAGGAGAAGUUUAAGGAGAUUGCAGAGGCCUAUGACGUGCUGAGUGACCCUAAGAAACGGAGUCUGUAUGACCAGUAUGGAGAGGAAGGCCUGAAGACCGGCGGUGGUUCAUCAGGUGGUUCCAGUGGCUCCUUUCACUACACCUUUCACGGGGACCCUCAUGCCACCUUUGCCUCCUUCUUUGGUGGCUCCAACCCCUUCGAUAUCUUCUUUGCCAGCAGCCGCUCCACUCGGCCCUUCAGUGGCUUUGACCCAGAUGACAUGGAUGUGGAUGAAGAUGAGGACCCAUUUGGUGCCUUUGGCCGCUUUGGCUUCAAUGGGCUGAGUAGGGGUCCAAGGAGAGCCCCAGAACCACUGUACCCCCGGCGCAAGGUGCAGGACCCGCCCGUGGUGCAUGAGCUGCGGGUGUCCCUGGAGGAGAUCUACCACGGCUCCACCAAGCGCAUGAAGAUCACAAGGAGGCGUCUCAACCCUGAUGGGAGAACUGUGCGCACCGAGGACAAAAUCCUGCACAUCGUUAUCAAACGUGGCUGGAAGGAAGGUACCAAGAUCACCUUCCCCAAAGAGGGGGAUGCCACCCCUGACAACAUCCCUGCCGACAUCGUGUUCGUGCUCAAAGACAAGCCCCAUGCCCACUUCCGCCGAGACGGCACCAACGUGCUCUACAGUGCGCUGAUCAGCCUCAAGGAGGCUCUGUGUGGCUGCACCGUGAACAUUCCUACCAUCGAUGGCCGAGUGAUCCCUUUGCCCUGCAAUGACGUCAUCAAGCCAGGCACCGUGAAGAGACUUCGUGGGGAGGGCCUUCCCUUCCCCAAAGUGCCCACUCAGCGGGGAGACCUCAUUGUGGAGUUCAAAGUCCGCUUCCCAGACAGAUUAACACCACAGACACGACAGAUCCUUAAGCAGCACUUACCCUGCUCCUAGGCUCUGCCCCAGCUAGUCCAGAGUCUACCACAGCAAUACCCCUACACGUACCCUAGCUAAUGUGUACCUGGCUAGAUGUCCACUGGACACUGGCAAUUUUUUUCUAAAAUGAAAAAAAAAAAAACUAAAAAAAAAACAACAAACAAAAAAAAACACCACUAAUUUUUCAGGAAACGUUUCCUGUCCCUGAUCCCUUUCAGAGCUGGGCUGCUUUGGGGGAGUGGGAGGGAGGUGGGGAGAACUAGCCCAGGCUAGGGAUCAAUUUUCAUGUCACUAGCUUUGAAUCCAGCUCCCACUCCAGUGGCUGGAGAGUGACUUGAGUGCUACUUGAAGAUAUAGUCCUUGCCCACGCCUGUAAAUAGCAUGUCCUCCUUCCUUCUCCGCCUUGCUAAUACCUUUCCUCUCCCUUCCUCCUGGCCUCCUCCUGUUGGGGGAGGAAGAGGACAGAAGGACACUGCUUUUCUGCCCCACCUGCCACCCCUCCAGGUGUCCAGGAUUAUCACACACGUCCAUGCACGUGAAGCACUUGCCUAGAGCUGUCUGUGCCUCUCUAGGAGAUAAAGAGAAAGGGAAGGUCCUAACCCAUGAAUAGGGCCAUUCAUUGAGCACGAGACACUUUUCAUUUGGGGCAGGAAGGUGAUGGACCCUCUGCAGCGUCCCCAGCAGCUUGCCCUGCCCACACCCCCCAAAGGCGGGGGUUCUGUCUUCCUAGCUUCUCUGAGAAGUGUUCAAGGGUAGAAAAAAGGGAAGCAGGGCUGAGGCAUCAGGGCUGAGAAGUGGGGCAGGGUGCCCAUCUUCAGCCUUCAUCAGGAAGGGAAAGGGCUUUGGGGUCAGGCGGCAGCUAUUCCCCACCAAGAGAUUCAGGGUCCCAGGUUUCUCCCCAUACCUCUGAACUCAGGGCCUAGCCACCCCAAACUUCCAAACCCCACUUUUGUGAUAUGUGAAGCUACUUAUUUCUUACCCUUCUGGGAGGCUGUGUGGGGAAUUUCCAGCCCUUUUAUGCCUGUGUGACCCCACCCCACUCCCACAGUUGUAUAAAAGUCAAAUAAUGAAGGAGCUGGGAGAAGACUGGUUCAGCUGGUCCUGGGGUGGGGGUCAUUAGGUUUUUUUUUCACUCUGACAAGCCCCUGAAUGUUUUUAUAGUAGUUUUUUUGUAUUUUUUUGUAAUGACAGUAUUAUGAAAAAAUAAAGUAUUUUAAAAAUAUGGCCUUUGAGCAGGAACAACAAUCCUAAAAUGGGGGCUAAUGUGUAGUGCCACCGUCAACCUUCCUCCAGUGACCCUGGUCACCUUUGAAAACCCCAAGCAAAUCCUCAAUAUAAGCCAAAGCUUACCACUUUUUCCUCUUAAGUUCUGACUCCUUGGAAUUCCAGAACAAAUAUCCCAAACACAAGAUGGAAGCCACCACUGAGCUAUUUGAGAAGAAACAAUAUCUUGGUUUGUGAGAAAGACCUGUUCUCUUCAGAUGAUUUGUCAGAUUUUCUCAUAUAAAGUUUCUUUUUUUUUUUUUUUUCUUGAGACAGUUUCUUCCUAGGAGGGGAUGGAGGAAGACGUCCUGACUGAUUAGGAUAGAUACAUUGCCAUCAACAAAAUUUGAGCACAAACAAUGUAGCUAGAGGUUCUUGGCCUCUUCGGCCCAUGCUGUCAGUGCCUGGAUAGGGACCUGGACUCCCUGGGAGGCAUUAAACACAGUUGCUGCUACUUGAA